UUUUUUUUGAAUAUUCCUUCUUAGUUUAAUCAGAGAGUUCUUAUCUGCAAUUAAAAACAAACACUUCCUCUUCUUCCUCUAUAUAUAAAUAUAGAUUGAAAGUAGGAAUCAAAGCUAAAAACCCAAAAUCAAAACAUCCAUAAAACACCACCUUCCGUACUAAAUCAAAUCUCAGCCAUGGUGGCUUCCGAUCUCUCCGUGAUCCUUCCUCGAGUUCUCAUAGUCUCCAGGCGUAGCGUUCGCAAGAACAAGUUUGUAGAUUUCGUGGGCGAAUAUCAUCUCGAUCUUAUAGUGGGCUAUGGUGCAGUACCCGUUAUUGUACCCCGAGUUUCAGGCGUCCAUAUGUUAUUAGAUAGCUUCGAACCCAUCCAUGGAGUUCUUCUCUGUGAAGGAGAAGAUAUCGAUCCGUCUCUUUACGAAGCCGAAGUUUCAGGUCUUUCACCGGAAGAGUUGGAAGAAAUCAGGAGACUUCACGCGAGCGAUACCGCAAUCGACAAAGAAAAGGACUCGAUCGAAUUGAGGCUUGCAAAGCUCUGCCUCGAAAGGAACAUACCCUAUUUGGGAAUUUGCAGAGGCUCUCAGGUUUUGAAUGUUGCAUGCGGAGGUUCACUCUAUUUGGACGUAGAGAAAGAGCUCUCCAAGAAUUGCUUAGUUGGACAAAAAGUUGAACACAUUGAUUAUGAUAAUUAUGAUGGUCAUAGACAUGUUGUGAAGGUGGUGGAAAAUACCCCUUUGCAUCAUUGGUUUAAGGAUUCUUUGCAAGAAGAAAAAAUGGAUAUUUGGGUUAAUAGUUAUCAUCAUCAAGGAGUUAAAAGAUUGGCAGAGAGAUUUGUUCCAAUGGCUUUUGCUCCUGAUGGGCUAAUUGAAGGUUUUUAUGAUCCUGAUGCUUAUAAUCCUGAAGAGGGGAAGUUUAUAAUGGGUUUACAAUUUCAUCCUGAGAGAAUGAGGAAGCCAGAUUCUGAGGAAUUUGAUUAUCCUGGUUGCCCAUCUGCUUAUCAGGAAUUUGUAAAGGCAGUGAUUGGAUAUCAGAAGAAGCUAAACAGCUCCAUAUCAGUACAAAAAGCUUUGAAGCUUGAUCAAGAAAUGGAUAAGAAGAGAAAGAAAAUUAUCCGAAGUUUCUCACUUGCUAAGAAUAUUUACACCACUGGCCGAGGCACACAUCUGGUUAAUGAAUCUGAGCUUGAAAUAGGAGCAGAUUUCCUUCAGUCAAAUACAGCAUUGAGUCUGCAGCAAGAGAAGAGGUUGAAGCAAAUGGGAGCAACAGUAAGAAAUGGAGGUUCAUACAUAGAGAGAUUGAAGAUGAAUGAGGAGAGAGAGAAAGUAGCAAAGAAUGUGAUGGGGAAAAUGUCAGUGGAGCAGUUGUCUGAUCUAAUGUCUUUCUACCACAUGAUGGAGCAGAUUUGCUCUGAAGUUUUGGAAAGAAAGCUAAAUGGCAUUGUACAUGAGCAGCUUGGUUCUUGAACUUGUUGAACAUAUUUUUGGUGUAUGAUCUGGUUUUUUGGGGCAUAGCAUUUUGCUUUUGUUGUUGAAAAAGAUUCACAUGAAUCUUGGUUGAUGGGACCUAUGUCUCUAUCUUUCCUUUUGUUUGAUUAUUUUAUUUUAUUUUAUAUUUUAUCUAUUGCUUUAGUUUGUAGUUAUUGAAAAAGGUGUAAAACUUUUCUGUUUGGUAAACUUGAACAUGAAAUAAGAAAGUUGUAGUUUCAUGGCUCA